UCUCCUCACCUGUGAAAUGGGAUGCCGUCCUACCGGGGAGUAAGGGGUUAACGCGGACGCGCGCAGCCCCGGCACGCGGCGCGGUGCGAGCGCAGAGCCCCCGGGAGGGUCGGGGGAGGGGCCUGCAGAGGAGCAGGUUCCCUGAAGAGCCGCAGCCCCAGCCUGCUUUCCCCACCCUCCCCUGGACACUUGCCCGGCUGGUCUCAGGCUGCGCAGCGAAGCGUGGUCUCUUUGGUGGCGGAUCCUUACCCCCUCCCACGGCUGGCCCCUACAGGAGGCUUCAGCCAGGCUUCACUGCAGCUGGCGGCUCGAGUCCAGGCUGCAGGUCUCCGUGGGCCUUGCCUCACCUUCUCUCCCGAACUGCUGCAGUUAUGCGUGCAUAUUGACUGAGUGUGCUCUUUACAUAUGCGGUAAACGCGUCUAAAGGACAGUCAGGCAGGUCUGUCGUGACCAUGACUCCAACACACCUUACCUGCCUCUGCGGAGUGAUGGCAGGAAGGGGUGUUCUCAUUUUACGGAGACUCAGAAAGGUGAAGUAAGUGGUUCCAGGUCACGCAGCAAGGAGACGAAAACCCGGACCUGCUUCCUGACUCUGAGAAGCUGCAUCUGGGAGAAGACCAGAUUAAGUCACCGUGGGAAAUUCCAGCCUCUUCCAGGCUCUUCAGGAGGCCCAGCUGAUCUGGACACUGAGGAGGGCCAGGCUCAUCUCACAGGCCCAGCCAGCCAUGGUCACUACCGUCCGGGCCAGCCUGCGCGGAGGCAUCAUCAAGCCCCGUUACAGCUGAGGUAAAUGAGGCACAGAGUUGUGCCUGCUGCCUGGCCCGAGGCCACACAGCAGGUCUUGGACGGGUCUGUCUCCUAAAGACCCAACUCUCGGAACGAGGUUUGUCGGAUCACCUCCCUCUCCGAGUCCAGAGACCUCUGGGACGGACCCAGUCCGGGGCUUCCACUCGGCCCCCUUGCUUGGUGCUGGAGAGGCCAGGGCCUGCCGAAGCCCCGCAGCAGUCGGCACUUGGACGGAGGGGCCGGCCGGGUAGGUGCGCAGGCCAGACCCGAGCCGGCCCCGCACUCUCCAGGUGGGGCGGGACCGUCCACCGGGGGCGGGGCUCCCCGCAAGGCUCCUCCCCGCCCCCGCCCGCCCGCCCCGCAGAGCCGCCGCCUGGGAGCCCAGUUGCCGAGGAACUUUUCGCGGGUGCCGGGCCCCACUGAGGCCAGGGCGUGACGCGAACUCGCGGAGCGGCGGCGGCGGGCCGGGUGGGCCGCCGGGAGGAGGCGACUGCGCCAUGGACGAGCCACCCUUCAGCGAAGCGGCCUUGGAGCAGGCGCUGGCCGAGCCGAGCGAGCUGGACGCGGCGCUGCUGACCGACAUCGAAGACAUGCUUCAGCUCAUCAACAACCAAGACAGCGACUUCCCGGGCCUGUUCGAGCCGCCCUUCGCUGGGGGCGGAGCAGGGGGCACAGACCCCGCCAGCCCAGAUGCCAGCUCCCCAGGCAGCCUGUCCCCACCUCCUUCCACGAUGAGCUCCCCACUCGAAGGCUUCCUGGGGGGGACCAAGGCGACAACCCCACCCUUGUCCCCUCCCCAGCCUGCACCCACCCCCCUGAAGAUGUACCCUUCUGUGCCUGCCUUCUCCGCGGGGCCUGCUAUCAAGGAGGAACCAGCGCCCCUGACCACCCUCCAGCCGCUGCCUGGGGCUCUCCUGCCCCAGCGCCUUCCGGCCCCAGCCCCACCGCAGUUCAGCUCUGCCCCUGUGUUGGGCUAUCCCAGCCCUCCUGGAGGCUUCUCCACAGGGACCCCCCCGGGGAGCACCGCGCAGUCGCUGCCUGGCCUGCCACUGGCUGCCCUGCCAGGGGUCCCGCCCGUCUCCUUGCACAGCCAGGUCCAGAGUGCGGCUCCCCAGCAGCUGUUGACGGCCACAGCCGCCCCGACGGCGGCCCCUGGAACAGCCACUGUGACCUCACAGGUCCAGCAGGUCCCGGUCCUGCUGCAGCCCCACUUCAUCAAGGCAGACUCGCUGCUCCUGACGACUGUGAAAACAGACGUGGGAGCCCCCAUGAAGGCGGCAGGCAUCAGCUCCCUGGCCCCUGGCAUGGCUGUGCAGGCAGCGCCCUUGCAGACCCUGGUGAGUGGCGGAACCAUCCUGGCGACUGUGCCGCUGGUAGUGGACGCUGACAAGCUGCCCAUCAACCGGCUGGCAGCCGGUGGCAAGGCCCCGGGCUCGGCCCAGAGCCGAGGUGAGAAGCGUACGGCCCACAAUGCCAUUGAGAAACGCUACCGCUCUUCCAUCAAUGACAAGAUCGUCGAGCUCAAGGACCUGGUGGUGGGCACAGAGGCCAAGCUGAAUAAAUCUGCUGUCUUGCGCAAGGCCAUCGACUACAUCCGCUUCCUUCAGCAGGGCAACCAGAGACUCAAGCAGGAGAACCUGAGUCUGCGCACAGCUGCCCACAAAAGCAAAUGUCUGAAGGACCUGGUGUCAGCCUGCGGCAGUGGAGGCCACACAGACGUGCCCAUGGAGGGCGAGAAGCCAGAGGUGGUGGACACCCUGAGCCCGCCACCCUCAGACGCCGGCUCGCCCUUCCAGUGCAGCCCACUGUCCCUUGGCAGCAGGGGCAGUAGCAGUGGUGGCAGUGGCAGUGACUCGGAGCCUGACAGCCCAGUCUUUGAGAACAGCCAGGUGAAGCCAGAGCAGCUGCCGCCCCCCCACAGCCGGGGCAUGCUGGACCGCUCCCGCCUGGCCCUGUGUGUGCUUGUCUUCCUCUGUCUCUCCUGCAACCCCUUGGCCUCCCUGCUGGGCAGCCGGGGUCCCGCUGGCCCCUCCGAUGCCACCAGCGUCUACCAUGGUCCUGGGCGCAGCAUGCUGGGUGCUGAGGGCAGAGAUGGCUCUGGCUGGGCCCCGUGGCUGCUGCCCCCACUGGUCUGGUCGAUGAAUGGGCUGCUGGUGCUGUUCUCCUUGGCACUUCUCUUUGUCUACGGAGAGCCGGUCACGCGGCCCCACUCAGGCCCCGCCGUGCACUUCUGGAGGCAUCGCAAGCAGGCUGACCUGGACCUGGCCCGGGGGGACUUUGCCCAGGCCGCCCAGCAGCUGUGGCUGGCCCUGCGGGCCCUGGGCCGGCCCCUGCCCACCUCCCACCUGGACCUGGCCUGCAGCCUGCUCUGGAGCCUGAUCCGCCACCUGCUGCAGCAUCUCUGGGUGGGCCGCUGGCUGGCAGGCCGGGCGGGGGGCCUGCGGAGGGAUGGUGCCCUGCAGGUGGACGCCCGCACCAGUGCCCGCGAUGCGGCCCUUGUCUACCACAAGCUGCACCAGCUGCACACCAUGGGGAAGUACUCGGGCGGGCACCUGGCUGCCGCCAACCUGGCACUGAGUGCCCUGAACCUGGCCGAGUGCGCGGGGGAGGCCGUGUCCGUGGCCACGCUGGCUGAGAUCUAUGUGGCGACCGCGCUCAGGGUCAAGACCAGUCUCCCCCGGGCCUUGCAUUUUCUGACGCGCUUCUUCCUGAGUAGUGCCCGCCAGGCCUCCCUGGCACAGAGCGGCUCAGUGCCUCUUGCCAUGCAGUGGCUCUGCCACCCUAUGGGCCACCGUUUCUUCGUGGAUGGGGACUGGGCCGUGUGCACCGCUCCGCGGGACAGCCUGUACAGCACGGCCGGGAGCCCAGUGGACCCCCUGGCCCACGUGACUCAGCUCUUCCGUGAACAUCUCUUGGAGCGAGCGCUGCAUUGCCUGGCCGAGCCCAGCCCCGGCCCCGGGUCAGCCGAUGGGGACAGGGAAUUCUCCGAUGCCCUCGGGUACCUGCAGCUGCUGAACAGCUGUUCUGACGUGGCCGGGGCUCCUGCCUGCAGCUUUUCCAUCGGCUCCAGCAUGGCUGCCACCGCCGGCACAGACCCGGUGGCCAAGUGGUGGGCCUCGCUGACGGCUGUGGUGACUCACUGGCUCCGGCGGGAUGAGGCGGCGGCCGAGCGGCUGUACCCACUGGUGGAGCACCUGCCCCGCGCCCUGCAGGAGUCCGAGAGACCCCUGCCCAGGGCGGCUCUGCACACCUUCAAGGCUGCCCGGGCCCUGCUGGGCCGUGGGAAGGCAGAGUCUGGCCCGGCCAGUCUGGCCAUGUGUGAGAAGGCCAGUGGGUACCUUCAGGACAGCCUGGCCGCUACGCCAGCCGGCAGCUCCAUUGACAAGGUCAUGCAGCUGCUCCUGUGUGACCUGCUCCUUGUGGCGCGCACCAGCCUGUGGCAGCGGCAGAAGCCGCCGGCACCCUCCCAGGCUUCACCGGGCCCGGGCAGUGGGGCCCAGGCCUCUGCCCUCGAGCUCCGUGGCUUCCAGAGGGACCUGAGUGGCCUGAGGCGUCUGGCGCAGAGUUUCCGGCCUGCCAUGCGGAGGGUGUUCCUACAUGAAGCCACUGCCCGGCUGAUGGCAGGCGCCAGCCCGGCGCGGACACACCAGCUCCUGGACCGCAGCCUGAGGAGGAGGGCCGGCCCCUGCGGCAAAGGAGGCACGGCGGCGGAGCUGGAGCCGGAGCCGCGGCCCACGAGGCGGGAGCACGCGGAGGCGUUGCUCCUGGCUUCCUGCUACCUGCCGCCCGGCUUCCUGUCGGCGCCUGGGCAGCGAGUGGGCAUGCUGGCCGAGGCGGCACGCACGCUCGAGAAGCUCGGUGACCGCCGGCUGCUGCAUGACUGCCAGCAGAUGCUCAUGCGCCUGGGCGGCGGGACCACCGUAACCUCCAGCUAGACCCCCGCUGGCGGCCCAGCCCCAGCGCCCCUGUUUCCGUCUCGACGGCCGAGGGCAGCGCCGGAGACCCGGGGCCCAAGGCUCGCCCACGGAGUGCACGGUCCCUGGCGGGCUGGAGACCCUUGGGGACUUCCGCACUUGACCUUGGGGCCUCCCCAGCCCGCUGCAGCACUCGAUGAGCGUCGGCCAGGAUGGUGCUGGCCCCUGGUGGCCAGCCGGGGGAUUGCCGGGGCCUGGCAGCCGCCGGGGGUCAACUGUUCCGCGGGCCGCCAACCCUGGGCUUUCCCUCUCCGUCCAGAGGGAAGAGGGGUGCGUUUCACUGAGUCGAAGGGCCCUGCCCCCGGCACCUCCCUCCCAUCAGGGGAGACCUGUGCAUAGUGUAGAUCGUGGUGCGCCAGCCUCCUGGCCUCUGAGGUUCCAAGUGUUACUUUGCCUUUUGCAAACUUUAUUUUCAUAGGUUGAGAAGUUUUAUACAGAGAAUAAAAAAUGAACUUAUUUAUAAUCUGGGUUUUGCUCCUUUGGGGAGCGGGGUGUGUGCUAACCAGAGGGGAUCCUUUGGGCCAUCCGUCCCCCCAGCACCCAGGCAAAUGCUUCCCAUCCCUACCUGCCUUUCGGUUUGGGAGGCCCGGCUUUAUUCCCUCCAGCUGACCUGGGUCCCACUGAUCACUGGGCCGCACGUUUGGGCUAUGUCAUCUCCUAACCCUUAGGGUCCUUAUGGUCCCAGCUGUUCCUACUUGCCUCCUCUCCCAGCUUCUGCUCCCUUCAGGUCCCAGGAUGACAUGGGAGGACAGCUCCAUGUCUUUGGGGAUCUGUUGUGACAGCAGGAGCUACAACCUGGGUCUCCCUGUGUGUCUGGGUGUCAGUCUCACCUGCCUGACCCCUGUCCCCUGGACAGCUGUCCCCUCCCCGGAGGUCACGUGGGUGUGGCUGGGCAGCAAGGGCUUCUCUCCUGUACCUGCAGUAAGGUCCCCAGAGCCCUCCACUUCCCUCCCCUCCAUUCCAACCCUCUCCCCCAGAGCCUGGCCCCUCUCCCAGCAGAAUCUGGUCAGAAUCCACGGGCUGCAGAAUUCCAAAACAAUCGUUGUAUCUUUAUUGACUUUUUUUUUUUCUGAAUGCAAUGACUGUUUUUUUUUACUCUUAAGGAAAAUAAACAUCUUUUAGAAACAGCUCGAUA